CUGCUUUCUCAGACGCAUACCAUCUUGGACCAACUUGCUACAUCCCCAUAUCCAGAGCUUCCAUCCCCCGAAACCACAAAGCGCCGCGCAUCUGUUGCCUUCAUUAUCCGCAUUCAACCCUCCUACGCCCACUGGCCUGAACAUAAUGAGAAAGUCGACAACCUCUCCACCUUCUUCUCCCACCCUUGGGUCCAACAUGGCGAACCAGAGCUCCUCUUCAUCAAACGCGCCUCGCGCAAGGGCGACCGCUGGACUUCCCACAUCGCUUUGCCGGGCGGCAAACGCGACCCCGCCGACCCCUCCGACCAAGCCGCCGCUAUCCGCGAGACGCUCGAGGAAGUCGGACUAGAUCUCAACCAACAUGCCAUACAGUGCGGAAACCUACCCCAACGACUCGUGACGACGCAUUGGGGCAAGAAGCCGUUGAUGGUGUUGUGUCCGUAUGUUUUCUUACUUACGAGUCAUGAGAUUCCGCCUUUGAGGCUGCAGCCUACGGAGGUGGCGGCGACGCAUUGGGUUCCCCUGCGCAGUCUACUGGCGCCUGAGCAGAGGACGGUGGCGUUUGAGGACGUUUCGAGCAGGCUGGCGAACCAGGAGACGGGGGUGAGGAAGUGGAUGUUGAGUCUCGUUUUGGGCAAGAUGCUGUUCGCUGCUAUUGAUCUGUUGCCGACGGAGUCAUUGCAUAGCGCAGAGACGCCUGCUCCUGAUGCUCCGAGUCAAACGCAGAGCCACCGAAACAUUCGACCGACGCUGUCAUCCCGCUACACGGCGCUGGUGCAUCGGAUUUACACAUCAGACCUCUUCAACCAAUUCCCUACCCCACCAAAGCCCGGACCUUUACUCCUCUGGGGUCUGACUUUGGGCGUCGUCUCCGACUUCCUAGAUUUACUACCCCCGCACGACGCGCUGACGCUUUGGACAUACCCUACUUUCACACCACUAGAUGUUCGCUUUAUUGUGUGGGUGAUGACGUACAGGUUUAAGGAGCGCAAGCGGGCGGAAUUACAGGCUGGGACCACACUUACCUCGCCUGACGCGAAACCGGCUUUUGGUGCCGCAAGCGAGAGUAUUUCUGCCUCCACAGUCUUGGUAGAGAGACCUGGGGUUGGAGGUACAGAGGAGGAAAGACGGACCGAUGAGACGGGUUUGCAUGGGUUAGGGACUGGAAGUGCGGUGGGAGAUGUCAAGGGGAGGAAAGCGGCUGUCGCGACGAUGUUGGAAGGGUAUUACGAUAUUGUGCGAAGAGCUGUAGGAGUGGCGUUGGUGGGGAGGGCGAGUUUGGUGGCAUUGGUGGUGUGGAUGGUUUGGAGGAGGUGGCGGUCG